CGGGCAGGUGUCCCCAGGUGCCAGGCAUGGCUGCGUCCCCCGGAGGGAUCCCCGCCGAGCUGCAAGAGGGCAUCACUACCUUCCUGGGGACAAAGAAGGUGCUCCUGGUGCUGAGCAUCCAGCUGCAGGUGAAAUCCAAGUAUGACGACUUUAUCUUGGUCCUGACACCCUGGCGAGCCUACGUGCUGCCUGUGAUGCUGCCAGUGAGGGUUCACAGCAGCUUCAGCUUCCUGGAGGUGAGGGAGAUGGCAGUCCAAGAGCCCAGUGUGGUUGUCAUAGAAACAGAUGCAGCGUCUUUUGCCUUCCGGUUCAUGUCCUUGGAUGAUUUGGAGCAAGUUGUUAUCCAUGUCACCGUGUCACUUAAGAAGGUCUUUCCAGACUCAUCCCUUGGGACACUGCUCAAGAACUGCCCCCCCAGCCUGUAUGAGAGGAUCCAGCAGAUCACAGACUCACUGGAGGAAGUGCUGCAGAGCAACCCUGGGCCAUGUGGGGGGUUUUCAGAGACCUACGCUGCUCUGUGUGACUACAACGGCUUUGCCUUCCGCGAGGAGAUCCAGUGGGACGUGGACAACAUUUACCACAGCCAGGACUGCCGGGAGUUCAACCUGCUGGACUUCAGCCACCUGGAGAGCCGGGAUGUGGCGCUGAGUGUUGCUGCCUUGUCCUUCAACCUGUGGUUCACCAAGCUCUCCUGCAAGGAUUUCAGGCUGAAUCAGGAGAUCUCAGAGCAGCUGCUCUACAUGCUCAGCAAGUCAGUGACCCUGGAGGAGCUGGUGCUGGAGAACAGUGGCUUGAAGGGUGACUUUGUGCAGAGGAUGGCCCAGGCCCUCAGCAGCCACCCCAACUCUGUCCUGCACACCAUCAACCUCUCUGGCAACCAGCUGGAAGACAGAGGGGUCUCUGCCUUCAGCCGGCACGUGGAGAGGAGUCCCAAGGGUCUGCAGAGCCUCAGCUUGGCCAGGACAAUGCUCACAGCCAAAGGGAUGAGCACGUUGUGCAAGGCCCUCACAGAUAACAAAGCCACUGGGUUCUCCCUCCGGCACCUGGACCUCUCUGGGAACCCCGGCACGCUGGCUGGGGAUGACAUCAGCAGCCUGCAGAGCCUCCUCCAGCACUGCCACUCGCUGUCCCACCUCAGCCUGGCUGGCACAGACUGCCCUUUGGAUGCUCUCUUUGGGGCCCUGCUCCACGGAUCCCACAGCAGCCUCGUCCACCUGGAUCUCUCCAAAAAUGUGUUCUCCCACAAGAGGGUGAAAACCAUCUCCCCCGCCAUGAAGGAGUUUUUCAGCCAGGCCUGCUCCCUCAGACACGUCUCCCUGGCAGGUACCAAGCUGCCAGCUGAUGCUGUAAGGGCGUUGCUGCAAGGGCUGGCAGACAACAGCCACAUCAGUGACCUGCAGCUGGAUCUCAGCAGCUGUGAGCUGAGAUCAGCAGGGGCCCAAGUCAUCCAGGACCUCAUCCCUGACGCCAGCUCCAUCAGUCACCUGGACCUGUCUGACAAUGGCUUUGACCCCGACAUGGUGACCCUGGUGCUCUCCAUUGGCAGGAGCAAAUCCAUCAGGCACGUCUCUCUGGGGAAAAACUUCAACAUCAAAUCCAAGGAAGGUCUGUUGGAUGUCCUGCACCGCAUUGUCCAGCUCACCCAGGAGGAGGAUUGUCCUCUGCAGUCGCUGUCUGUGGCUGAAUCACGCCUCAAGCUGGGAACCAACGUGCUGCUGAGUGCCCUGGGCAGCAACACCAGCCUCGUGUCCCUGGACAUCAGUGGCAACGCCAUGGGGGACACGGGGGCCAAGAUGCUCGCCAAGGCCCUGCAGAUCAACACCAAGCUCAGGACUGUGGUUUGGGACAGGAACAACACAACAGCCCAUGGGCUCCUCGAGGUGGCUCAAGCUUUGGAGAGGAAUUUCACGCUCAAGUCGAUGCCGCUGCCGAUGAGCGACGUGGCGCAGGCGUACCGCAGCCACCCCGAGAGGACGGAGGAGGCCGUGCACAAGCUCCAGUCCUGCCUGACGAGGAACCAGCUGCGGCAAACGCUGCCGGCUCAGACCUUCCGGCUGCAGCAGGGCAUCCUCACCACCUCUUCUGAGCAGAUGGUGAAUGAGAUCUGCCUGAGUGUGCAGAAGCACGUUGACAUCCUGAGCACCUACAUGGGCAAGGAGGUGGAGACGGACAUCCUCUGUGCUGAGGAGGCCAUCAGGAAUGCCAACCUCUGUGUCAGUAUCCUGCCCCUCUUGUAUGAGGCUGGAAACACCCCCUACCAGAAUGGCAAGCUGCAGCACAAGCUGGAGUGUCUCACGGAGGAGGCAUCACAGACCUGCAGCCGGGAAAUCCAGGCAAUCAUGCAGGCGGCACUGGACACGGCCCACGGGCUGUGCCCAGCCGUGGUGCAGAAGAGCGGGGUCAGGGAUCAGCUGGUCACGGCCAUGUCAGAGAGGAUCUGCCUCCAGGACCAGCUCAGCCUCAGCGCUGUCCUGGACCAGAUGGUCACCGAUGUCUUCAGCAAGCUGAAUGAGAUCAAGCUGUCCGUCACAGCCGCUGUAGCCGACUGCAUCGUGGAUGCUGUGCUGGGAGACCUGACCAUCGCCCAGUGCAAACUGGCAGAGAGCCUCUCCAAGCAGGGGCUCGACCUCCUGGUGCUGCUGCCGGAGUCGGCUGAGGACGAUGCCGCGGCGCUGGCGAGGGGCAGGAACCCUCCGGACCUGGCUGCAGAGGAGGUAGGGACCGGGCCGCCGCGUGAUGCCCGCGGGUUUCCCUUCAUCCCCGCACACUCCCCCGCAGCAUCCUCCCCUGCACGCAGCCAACCUCCGGCGGCGGCGGUGGCGGGAUCCAUCCCGGGCGCCGCAAAGCCGCCACGCGCGCUCCCGGCGGGCACGGCCGCGCUCCCGCUCCCGCCCCGCGGCGGAGCCGCUGCCCCGCUCGCUGCCCCUCCGCGCGUGGGCGAGGGCGACGGCGUCCCUGAUGAUGAUGGUGAUGGUGAUGAUGAUGAUGAUGGGGAGGCCUGGCGACGGCGGGUGUCAACACGGACUCUCUCGCCUCUCGUAGGUGUCUCGGAGCUGGAGUCGGCAGCGGGUCGAGACGCCAGCGGGCUCCGAGCUCACCGGGCGCCGCCGUCACUCAGCCCCGCCGCGCCGCCGGCACGCCCUGCCUCCACAAAGGAUGCUGAGCCUGCGAGCGGCUCGCUCCCCGCCACGCAGCCUGCCACCGCCACCGGAUUCCUUAUGGACCUGCCGACCGCCGGCGAGAAGCUGGAGCAUUGCACCAAAGGCAGGCCCCGGCCCAACCGCCGGCACCGGCAGCCGCCCAGCAAGCCGAAUGUGCAGCCCGUGGCCUGUGAGAACAGCGAGGACAGGAGCAUCACCCGCGUGGACGAGGGGCUGGAGGAUUUCUUUGCCAAGAGGCUCAUCACAGAAACACUGCCCCCCACGACUCCGGAGACCUGCCCAGGAUCAGCCCCUCUGGCUCCCUCUGGUUCCCGCACCCUCAAGAAGAAAAUUGGGAAUUUUUUUGCCUUCAAGAAACCCAAAUCCAGCCGGGGCUCGAGGUGUGAGAAGGAGCCCGAGGGUGGUGCCACUGCCCCUAGGAGCAGGCGCUCGAUGCUCAGUGACAUUUUACGAGCCCCCAGCAAGGCAGGCGAGUCAGGGAAGCCUCUGAGUAAAUCGGAGGAGGGGGGGCUCUCUGCCGAGCCCCAAGCAGAGCCUGAGCACUGCCAGACUCCUGACUCUGCCCGGAGGAUCCGGCCCAAGUACUCUCGGGAGGGCAAAUCCCAGUCACUCAUCUUGCUGUCCGGGGAGGACGAGGAUGCGCUGGGGGUCAGGCAUGACAAGAAGAGGCACCUGGAGAAGAGCGAGGGGGAGUUGUCCAGCUCCUUCGAACAGCGUGUGCAGGUCAUGCUCCAUCGCAUCGGCGUCACCAAGGGCCCGGCUGCUGAGAGCAAGAAGCAGCAGAGCAAAGACAGCGAGAUCAAGAAAGCCGGCUCAGAUGGGGACAUCGUCGACAGCUCUGCGGACUCACCCCCAUCCCUGAAGGCCCGCACACACUCUGUGUCCACAGACGCACCCUUCCGCAGCCCAGCCGCCAGGACGGAGCCCAGCGCCGAGCCCCGGCCAGCCUGGAAAGCCCUGGGAAGGCAGCUGCCCGCUGAGCCUCCGGCCACCAGCUCCGACCAGCCCCGGCGCUCCCUCACCCUGGCAGAGCCCAGCGGGCUGCCGGAGCCCGGGGGCCGGGAGGGCUGGAGCAGCAGCCUGCCACGGCUGGGCAGGAACGUGCCGGUGGCACUGCCGCGGAGGGUCAGCCAUGGUGGGGAGGUGGGUGCUGGCACCCUGCCCACCCUGCCCACACCGCCCAAUAAUGAAGACACCCGGCUGAUGGCACGGCUGGCAGCGCCACGGGGACCCAGCCGCCGAGCACUGUCUGUCCACGAGGAGCAGCUCAGGGAGCCCGAGUGCCCGGCAGAGCUGGGAAUGGGCACCGUUCCCCUGCGCCUGCGGCGUUCGCCUGUGCUCAGGCACAGGACCAAGCACGAGUCCCUCUCAGAGAUGGAGGGUGAGCCUGGACCAACCUCGGAUGCUGAAGGUGCCCCGCUGCAGGACUGGCCCCGUGCCGGGCUGGAGGAGCCGCAGGCUGGCACAGGCCCUGAGGGUGAGCAGCCACAAGCCCUGGCACAAACUGUUGGGAAUGCACAAGACUCAGCUGCCGUAGACCAAAGACGCCCAGUGCCGGGCCAGGAGGAGCCGGCCCUGGGACAGUGAAGCCCCUGCAUGUCACCACGCUGCUCCCAACAAAACCCUGCAAGCAAGCGCGCCGUGCCGGGGUGCUUGGCAGCUGGGGUGCAGAGAGGACAGACGGGCACCAGGCUGGCGUGGAUGUGCCAACGAUGGCAUCGCCCAGUUUCUGCCAUAGGGACAGCCGGGCCACCAGCACUGCCCAGGAUGCCCAGGGACUGUCAGAGCCUGCAGGAUGCACCCAGUGGUGUUGCAGUCCCCAGUGCCCUCUGUCGCUGUGGGCUGCAGCGGGGCCCCGGUGAUUUUAGGCAGCCAGCUAUUUUUAGGAAGCGUUCCCAAGGCACUUUCACCACUCCAGCUCCUGCCCCAGGAGGGGUACUGCUCUCUCCAGCCCCUGCCAGACGCAGGCUUCCAUCAGCGGGACCACGACCCAGCCUUCCAGCACGCAGCUCCAUCCCCGCAGCUCCCUGACGGCACCAGCGUGAUCCCGACACCCCAGUGGCUUUCUCCUGUGUUGCCCUCUGCUCCGGACCAAACGCAUUCCUCACACGGAUGUUUACGACAAAGCAAGAUGCUUGU